UGGAGGAUGUAUACUAUUACGUUCACAGUAAAUUGUAAUGCAUGUAAAUUCAUCAGACAUGUUACAGUAUUUCUACAGUAGGAUCUAUUGACAGUAUACUCUGUUGCUUAGAAUUGACAGAAAACCCCGUAGUGGCGGCCUCGGCCGUGUGCUGACCGACCAGCAAGAGUUGGCAGUGGUGGAAAUGGCGAGGGCCAGGAAUGAUAUACGGCUGUCAGAAAUAAAGCAGCCAACUGAGGAGAACAACGGCACCUUUGCCAAUGUGGCAUCCAUCAGCCUACCAACAGUAGCCCGCCUUUUAAAGAGGCACCAGGUAUCAAUGAAACACAUUUACCUGGUGCCUUUUGAGAGAAACAAUGACCGGGUGAAACAACUAAGGGCUGAGUAUGUUCAGAGGGUUGUGGUGCUUGACGCUGAUGUGAACCAUCACAAGUAUAUUUUUGUUGAUGAAGCGGGCUUUAACCUUGCCAAAACUCGUCGCUGUGGACGGAACAUCAUCGGCCAACGGGCCGCUGUCCAAGCUCCUGGACAACGUGGAGGAAACAUGUCCAUGUGCGCAGCUAUCUCUGAAGAUGGUGUCGUAGGACGUAGGCCAUCACUCAGCUCCUAUAAUGCUGCACAUCUUAUUGAGUUUCUCAAUGAAAUUGAGCCGGCCUGUCAAGGUGAAGGGGUCACCUGUGUAAAUGUGUGGGACAAUGUCAGCUUUCACCACGCAGAGGUAGCUCAAGCAUGGUUUCAGGCCCAUCCUCGAUUCAUGACUCUACCUGCCUCCAUACUCUCCUUUCCUCAACCCUACUGAGGGAUGUUUUUCAGCAUGGAGGUGGAAGGUCUAUGAUCGCCAACCCUUGAGCGCGCCACCCUCCUUCAGGCCAUGGACGAUGCAUGUGAUGACAUCAGUGUUGACCAAUGUCAAGCAUGGAUUCGUCACGCCAAAAGGUUUUUUCCAAGGUGCUUGAACAAUGAUAACAUUCAUUGUGAUGUGGAUGAGAAUCUAUGGCCAAACGCUCAAGACAGGCUUGAUCUAAAUGAAUGUAAUGUGUGCACUAAAUGUUAUGUUUUGUUCUCAUUUAGUUACAUAAUAGAAAGUAUACCUAUGUUACAAUUAUAUCUGAAAAAUAAAAAAUAAUUUACCCAAAUUAUUGUAGAGGAUGUCUUCAUUGAUCCUUCACUUGAUUACACAUAGGAUGGAUAUUUUGGAAAUGAUAGAUUAUGUAAAUGUAAGUAAUGUAAGUGUAUUGCCUAAUGUGAAACUGUGUAAUCUGUCUUUUAUAGUACUGUAGCAUAUUUAUUUCAGCACUUCUAAGGCUGAUUUGAAACAUGUAUCUUGCAUUGUUUGCUGUUGGAUGAACUGAUUGUUAAAAGUACUAAACUGAAAGAAGAUCAUACUGUUGUGUUUCGGUGAAUAAACCAAAUGUUCCCUUUACAUAUUACAGUAAUCUUGUGUUUGAAACAAUGAUUAUGUGGACUGAAAACAUUCCUCCAGGUUUUGAGAGAAUGACUGAUGCGUUACAAGUGUGAUCAGUUUGGAUUUCUGUACUAAGAGUUUUGAAAAUGUACACCUUACUUGUGAAAAUAGUACCAAAGCG